CCACCAAUCGUAGCGCACGCACUGCCCCCCCCGAAACCGUGUUGAUUUUUGGCGCGCAAUUUUUGUGAACCUGCAGAAAUUGCCAUUCGAUAGAAUACAAUUUUGUUGUGGUUUUUUACUGUGUCCGUGUCUGUGUUUGUGCGAGGAUAAUUGCAGGGCGCAUUUGAAAUAUUGAUGGGACCAGUGCAGCGACAAAUCCCUCAAUAAUUCAGGAGACUUUCCGACCGGUUCCCUCGCUCUCCUGUUUUUGGUCGCAUUUUCUGUUGUUGCAAGAACAAAAGAAACGGAAAAAAGGAACGGGAAAGGGAACGGGAACGGGCCCGGGAACUACAACCGAAACAAAGACCAGGAUGAACAUGUAAAUCCAAUUGGAGGCGAUGGCAUCGAGCAGCAGCAAGCCCAGGUCCCAUAGCGCGGCCGGCACGCAACUCCGUUGGCUGGACUGCCUCAUCCAGCUGUGCUUGUUUACUCGAGCUGUCAGGCUGGCGGCCUGCGCCGAGGAGGUCACCACUUCAGGCAGCCUCUCGGAAGAAUGGGGCUCCGGCUGGCGGGGCACCAAUUUCCUGGUCGAAGUGGAACAGACGGCAGCCUCCCUUCCGUCGGGCACAGUGUCGGGAGGAGGAGCCAGCGCCAGCGGCAGUGGCAGCGGCAGCGGCAGCGGCAGCAGUUCCGGCAACGUUGAGGACUACCUGGGCAGCCAGGAAGAGGAUGGCGGAUUCACAACCGGCACCACACCGGGAGCCUCCAACGGCACCACCGUGGAGACGGGACCCAAGAUCAUUGUGCGCACCGAGGAAGUACUGAUUGUGGGCCUCGUGCUGGUCCUUUGGGUGGGGGCCAUCAUGCUGUUUUUCAAUCGCUGGGGCAAAAUCCGAAUGCUGGAGCCGUACCAGCCCAAGUUCCAGCAGCAGCACCGCAGCUCCUGUCCUCUGGUCGAUCUGGAUGCAGUGCAGACGCAUCAGCGCACAUCCGUCUCGCGUAUGUCGAUGGGCAUGGUGCAUAAUCUGAAUAUGCCGACGUGUCAAUUUGCGGCCUAUAAUCCCAACAUGUAUGCCAAGGGCUACGUCUCGCAUGUGUCGAACGCGUCACGGCCUCGCCAGAACUCCGUGUUCGUGGGUGCCAGCACCAGUCACUACCUGAUGCCGCGGGCUCCCCGCAAGACGCGCUCGGCCAUGGAUCUGCACUCCAUGGUGCUGGACGAGAGUGCCGAACAGGUGUAGGUGUCCCUGGCCCAGGAUGCAGCAGCAGCAGGAGCAGGAGCAGGAGCAGCAUCUGUAUGUGUACGUGUGCAAGUGCUAAGAGGAGGGGACAAAGUGUUUUAUUUGUUUUAGAAGUGAAAGAAACGCUGCCCAAUGCUUUCAACCAUUUACACUUAAUGCCUAUCUCUAUUCCCCCCCAGCGUCUGUCUGUCUGUCUGUCUGUCUGUCAAUGUUUGUGGGAAGGAUAAGUGCUUAAUCCUUUCAUCGGUUCAUCUGUGCCGGCACAGAAUCCAUUCACGUCAAUUUUAGUUAAAACUGACUUCUGUGACCCAGAAAUGACCCAGCAAGAAGAAGUACCAUCUAUAGUAGAGCACUCGUAUUAUUAGCUUUAUCCAGUGUUAAUCUCGAACGUAGUCUAUGCUAAUCCCCCGUUUCUCUUCUACUUCUACGUCUACUUCUAUAACUUAGCGUGUUUUACUCGUACUCGUACUCGUACCGAACUUCUGCCACAUGUAUUGGAUACCAGAAUAGAUACAACAUAUACUUAGUGAAAUACGAAUGAAAAUAUUUCAUAUACAUAUACAAUAUUGUGUCGUUAACAUCUUGAAAAACUGUUUAGUUUGUAAGCGUAAAGCUCAAAAUGGAUCAGAAAACUCUCUAAAACCUGGACCAGAACCUGGAACAACUUAACUUUCCGAUCAUUUGGUUUUUUUUUUUUGGCUGCCGCAGAACACUUACUCGAAUGAUCAAAACUAACUUUACUAACUGUCUACACUACUCGUAAGUUGUAAGUAUUUGAAGACCAAGAGCAGAUUGAAGCUGCACGUAGAAAGGAGAGAUAUGAUAAAGUUGGGCAGAAGAAAAACUAACUAACGAAAGCUUUAAAUUCCUUUGGGACCUCUACCGGAACGGGGCCGGGGUCUACCAGAAACCAAAAAACCCAUCCAGAAAAAACCGAAUAUUGUAUUCUAAGUUUAAGGUAAAUAACUCUCAACCAAAUGUCUAGUGCAAAAUAUGUGGAACAAUGUAAACUAAACUAAAACUAAACUAAAGCCUAUCCGAAAACCAAACUCAAACUCGAACUAAUGAACCACAAAAACCGACACAGAUACAGAACAGUUUUGAAGGGAUACCACUAAAGUAUUCCCCGAAAAAAUGGUCCAACUUGUUUACAAUAUUUACAAGAGCCUCAACAAAUAACGUUAUAUACACAUGUGUACUAUAUCAAAUGCUAAAUCUAUAUAU